UAAACCAGUUACCCGUUGUAUUGGCAAAAAUAAAAAUACGACCGUUUCUGGUAACGAGUGUAUUACAAAAGUUUGUUGCGAAGGGACAUAAGCAUAUGCAAUAAACCUAAAUGUUUAAGUUUACUUAUAUUUAGUGUACUUAAAAUAAUAAAUUUAAUCGCGUUGUGUUCGCGUUGGCAUACUGAUUCUUGCUGCCUGCCUGCAGCAUUUGACUAGUGUGGUAAAAACGCGUGGCAACACCCAUCUAACAUAGUAUCUAAACUCAAUUAUAGUUCGAUAUUAUAACCAAUGGCCACAAUCGAUGGAAGACCGGCACAGUAUGGGAUAUCACUUAAACAAUUACGCGAGCUCAUGGAGCAUCGUGGCAGGGAGGGUGUGGCAAAAAUCAGUGAUUUCGGUGGAAUUCAUGAAUUAUGCAAAAAGUUAUAUACAUCCCCAAAUGAAGGCCUCAGCGGGUCAAAAGCUGAUGAGGAGCACAGACGUGAAACGUUUGGGUCAAAUGUAAUACCACCGAAACCCCCAAAAACAUUUUUAACACUAGUCUGGGAAGCGCUUCAAGAUGUUACACUUAUUAUUUUGGAGGUAGCUGCGUUAGUAUCCCUUGGUCUAUCAUUUUAUAAGCCUGCUGACGAGGAUGCGCCAUUACUACAAGAAGAAGAUGAACAUCACGGGUGGAUUGAGGGUCUCGCUAUACUUAUUUCGGUCAUUGUAGUCGUCAUAGUGACAGCUUUUAAUGAUUACUCAAAGGAAAGACAAUUUCGCGGGCUGCAGAACCGUAUAGAAGGCGAGCAUAAAUUCUCCGUAAUCCGUGGUGGUGAGGUAUGCCAAAUUUCGGUUGGAGACAUCCUUGUCGGCGAUAUUGCUCAGAUCAAGUAUGGCGACCUUUUACCCGCCGAUGGCUGCCUUAUACAAAGCAAUGAUCUUAAGGUGGACGAGUCUUCCCUGACUGGCGAAUCAGAUCAUGUUAAAAAGGGCACUGAGGCUGAUCCAAUGGUUUUAUCCGGCACGCACGUUAUGGAGGGCAGUGGCAAAAUGGUAGUAACAGCUGUUGGCGUUAAUUCGCAGGCCGGUAUUAUUUUCACUCUGCUUGGAGCAGCUGUAGACGAGCAAGAAGCAGAAAUUAAAAAGAUGAAAAAGGAAGCUAAAAAGGCGGGCAAGCAAAAGAGCAAGAGCCUGACAGGUGAGAAUGACGGCCGAAUACCAAUAAAAGAAACAUCCCAUGUUACGCAGCCACGAAGUGCUAGUGAGGCUGUUAAGUCGGAAUCAGACGGAAAUCACGUGCAGCAGUCCUCAACGCCAGCCCCUGAAACAGGACACAAAAAGGAAAAGUCGGUGCUGCAGGCAAAACUUACGAAGCUGGCUAUACAAAUUGGCUACGCUGGUUCCACCAUAGCUGUUCUCACCGUUUUUAUUCUGAUUAUCCAAUUCUGUAUCAAGACGUUCGUGAUUGAUGAAAAGCCAUGGAAGAACACGUAUGCUAAUAAUUUGGUUAAGCAUUUGAUUAUUGGUGUCACAGUAUUAGUCGUGGCAGUGCCUGAGGGCCUUCCACUGGCCGUAACGCUAUCUUUGGCAUAUUCUGUGAAGAAAAUGAUGAAGGAUAAUAAUUUAGUGCGUCAUUUGGAUGCUUGUGAAACUAUGGGUAAUGCUACUGCAAUUUGCUCUGAUAAGACUGGUACGCUUACGACAAAUCGUAUGACUGUUGUACAAUCCUACAUUUGCGAGAAAUUAUGCAAGGUGCUACCAACGCUUACUGACAUACCACAGCAUGUGGGCAAUUUAAUCACAAUGGGAAUAUCAGUUAACUCGGCGUAUACCUCCAAUAUAAUGCCUGGUCCAAAGCCGGGCGACAUACCAAUUCAAGUGGGCAACAAAACAGAAUGCGCUCUUCUGGGAUUUGUGCAGGGGCUAGGUGUUAAGUAUCAAUCAAUACGGGAUGAAAUUCCGGAGGAUAGAUUCACUCGCGUUUACACCUUUAACUCUGUACGCAAAAGCAUGGGAACAGUAAUACCUAGACCUAAUGGUGGAUAUCGAUUGUACACGAAGGGAGCUUCGGAAAUCAUAAUGAAAAAAUGUGCUUUUAUCUAUGGUCAUGAGGGGACAUUAGAAAAGUUUACACGCGACAUGCAGGAGCGUCUAAUACGUGAAGUAAUUGAGCCAAUGGCCUGCGAUGGCCUGCGCACAAUUUCUGUCGCUUAUCGCGAUUUCGUGCCUGGGAAGGCUGCAAUCAAUGAAGUGCACAUUGACGGCGAACCCAAUUGGGAUGAUGAAGAGAAUAUAAUGUCAAAUCUGACCUGCCUGUGCGUUGUUGGCAUUGAAGAUCCAGUGCGUCCCGAAGUACCUGACGCUAUACGCAAGUGCCAACGCGCCGGCAUCACUGUUCGCAUGGUCACUGGUGACAACAUUAACACAGCACGUUCAAUUGCCAGCAAAUGUGGCAUUUUGCGACCGAACGACGACUUCCUUAUACUGGAGGGUAAAGAGUUUAAUAGGCGUAUACGAGACAGCAAUGGUGAUAUCCAACAGCACCUCCUUGAUAAAGUUUGGCCCAAGUUGAGGGUUCUUGCUCGUUCAUCUCCCACCGACAAGUACACACUGGUUAAAGGAAUGAUCGACAGUGCAGUAACUGAUAAUCGGGAAGUAGUUGCGGUAACAGGCGAUGGAACCAAUGACGGUCCAGCCCUAAAGAAGGCCGAUGUUGGAUUCGCAAUGGGAAUUGCCGGCACUGAUGUAGCUAAAGAGGCGUCGGACAUCAUUCUCACCGAUGAUAACUUCAGUAGCAUUGUCAAGGCUGUUAUGUGGGGACGCAAUGUUUAUGAUUCAAUAGCAAAGUUCUUGCAGUUUCAGUUAACAGUAAAUGUCGUCGCUGUCAUUGUUGCAUUUAUUGGCGCUUGUGCGGUACAGGAUUCGCCGCUAAAAGCCGUUCAGAUGUUAUGGGUCAACCUCAUUAUGGACACACUCGCAUCUCUUGCUUUAGCAACGGAAGUGCCGACGCCUGAUCUUUUGCUUCGUAAGCCAUAUGGGCGCACAAAGCCACUUAUAUCACGCACAAUGAUGAAGAACAUAUUGGGACAAGCCCUAUAUCAGUUGGUCAUCAUAUUUGGGCUGCUGUUUGUUGGCGAUUUGAUACUCGAUAUCGAAUCUGGACGCGGGCAAGAUCUUAACGCAGGCCCAACCCAACAUUUCACAAUAAUAUUCAACACGUUCGUCAUGAUGACACUCUUUAACGAAAUCAAUGCUAGGAAAAUACAUGGUCAACGUAAUGUUAUUGAGGGACUCUUCACCAAUCCCAUAUUUUACACCAUCUGGAUAUUCACAAUGAUUUCUCAGGUUGUAAUUAUCCAAUACGGAAAGAUGGCUUUCUCAACAAAAGCGCUCUCCCUCGACCAAUGGUUGUGGUGUGUAUUCUUUGGAAUCGGAACACUAGUCUGGGGACAAUUAAUCACUUCCGUGCCUACAAGAAAAUUGCCUAAGAUAUUAUCGUGGGGCCGUGGACAUCCGGAAGAGUAUACAGAUGCCAUGAAUUUAGGUGAGGAGCGGUUUGACUCCAUUGACUCUGAUAAGAAACCAAGAGCUGGACAAAUUCUGUGGAUACGUGGGCUAACUCGUCUGCAAACUCAAAUUUCAGUACCGUUGCGCGUGAUUCGUGCAUUCCGCUCGACCCUGGAAGACCUAAACGAACGGCGCUCAAUGCACAGUUUGCAUAGCUUGCGUAGCCCCCGGACGGGCAUGCCAACAGGCAGUGGUGUUCAUCCGCUCUACAAUUUAAAUCUGUUGAGCCCCAAUUACAGCAGCAAACAGCAGCAGCACCACCAACAUCAGCAGCCGCCGCAUCAGCAGCAGCAGCAGCAGCAUGUUUCUAAUGCAACUCUGCCUUCCGAUAUAUCUUACAUAGACGAAGAUCCACAGCAGCAGCAGCAGCAUCGCAAUUUGCAAAACGGAGUCAAUUCCUCUGCAUCCACAGCAAACCUUACACCCCCCUCACAGCAGCAUUUAUCAUCACACUCAUCUGUUCGAUCUGCUGGCAGUGGCUUCGGUGACGUUGUCCUGCAGCAGUUAAACGAACAUCAGUCAAAAAAUGGACAGAACGAAACACGAAUUUAAGACACUUCCAAAGACAAUAUAAAUACAGUCGACGCUGAGAGCACACUCUAUUUUUAGCAUUUUACGCUCAUUAAGCUGUGAGCGCAAAAGUACCGAUUUGAUUUUUGUUGUGAUUAACUUAGUGUUUAUAUUAUCUUUGCCUUUUCAUAAUCAAAAAUCAAAAGCUAUACACAUAGAUGUGUUAUCUACUUAUAAAACUAACCAGACGGCUGGCCAUGGAAUCAAUGAAAUAUAUUAUACAUACACGUUAUGUCAUAUACCAUAUUGAGAUUCACACACAAAUGUAUAUGUAUACAUAUAUAAACAUACAUCCCAACAUAUGAUUAUCAACGAACACCCUUGCGCGCGCUUUCCCGGGCAUGUUAUCCAUAUAUACACGUAUACAUACAUUUAUAUAUACAUAUAUAUGAAUCGUGUUUUGUCGUAUCCCGAUAAUUGUGUACUCAAUAAGAUACCUAAUUAAUUAAAUAUUAACGCUUAGCAAAUGUUAUUUAAUCGCAUGAUUUUGUAUACUUUUAAUCUUUUAAUUUUUAUAUAAAUUAAUAUAAUUCUUGUGGAACUCGUAUUAUUACCUAUAUGAAAAAAAAAAUCCAAACAAAA